GCGGAGUGUGUGUUGACGGUGUUUGUGUUGACGGUGUUAGCUCUCUGUGUUGACGGUGUCUGUGUUGACGGUGUUAGCUCUCUGUGUUGACGGUGUUAGCUCUCUGUGUUGACGGUGUUUGUGUUGACGGUGUUAGCUCUCUGUGUUGACGGUGUUUGUGUUGACGGUGUUAGCUCUCUGUGUUGACGGUGUUAGCUCUCUGUGUUGACGGUGUUAGCUCUCUGUGUUGACGGUGUUAGCUCUCUGUGUUGACGGUGUUAGCUCUCUGUGUUGACGGUGUUAGCUCUCUGUGUUGAGACGGAGGAGGAACAGCCGGUGAGGAGCUGCAGUGAGACACUGUUCCUUUAGAGACGUGGUGAGAGUUCCGGUGAGAAGAGGACAUCUUCCCCUCGCAGUGGUAUUGAGCUGAACAUUACAGCUGGUUUAUUUAUUCCCUCUGAACCAGCUGCUCCUCGGUGUCGGACGGGGUUGCUUCCAGGUGUCAUUUCGUUGAACGUGUUGACUCCAUGUCCACUAUGUUCAGCCCCGUGAAGUCUUCUUCUUCCAGAGGCAGCCCGGACAACAGAGAGCUCGGCAAGACCAAGAUGAGAUAGCAGCCACACACAGACCCACAGGUUUACUGAGCAGACACAGAACACACAGUAAACCUCACACAGCAUGUUUGGGAAUCUGUUCGAGGAGGAGGAGGAGGAAGGCUGCUCCUCCUCCUCCUCCUCCUCCAGGGUCAGAGCUGCAGCCGGGGGAGACGAGCCUCCUCCACCCCGGGGAAGAAGCAAGCUGUGCGGCAUAAAGAACCAAGGGGGCACCUGCUACCUGAACUCUCUGCUCCAGAGCCUGCUGUUCACCCCGGAGUUCAGAGAGGAGCUGUUCAGUUUGGGAGAAGCAGAAUUAGGAUGUCUGGAAGACAAAGACAAACCAGGGGCCAAAGUCAGAGUGAUCCCACUGGAGUUGCAAAAACUGUUUGCCGGACUGCUGUUGGUGGACCAGCAGAGCGCCUCCACCGCAGACCUCACCAACAGUUUUGGCUGGAACAGCAGCGAGGGAACCAAUCAGCAUGAUGUGCAGGAGCUGAACAGGAUUCUAUUCAGUGCAUUGGAGCACUCUCUAGUGGGCACCACUGGAAGUACAUUUAUCCACCAGCUGUAUCAUGGGACCAUUGUCAACAGCAUUGUUUGCAAAGAGUGUGGGAACAUCAGCCAGAGACAGGAGGACUUCCUGGACCUGACGGUGUGUGUUAGUGGUGUGUUUGGUCUGGAAGAGGCUUUGUGGAACAUGUUUGUGGAGGAAGAGUUUUUUGAGGGCAACAACCUGUACCGCUGUGCAAAGUGUGACAGGCUGGUCACUGCUGCCAAGUCUGCCAAGCUGAAGAAGCUUCCUCCAUUCAUGACCAUGUCCUUGCUGAGAUUCAGCUUUGACUUUGCCAAAUGUGAGCGAUACAAGGAGACGGGACGCUACAGUUUUCCCUUAACCAUCAACCUACGGCCAUUUUGUGAGGAGACUGAUGCAGAGGACUCUGAUUACUCCUACGAGCUGUUCUCUGUCAUCAUCCAUAAAGGAGGCUGCUAUGGUGGCCAUUACCAUGUUUAUAUCAGGGACAUUGAUCAGCUUGGCCAAUGGGAGCCAACGGAGGAGGAAUGCAAACCCAAGACUCAGAAGAAAGUCAAAGAGGAAGUCAAGCAAAUGUGCGCACCAAAAAUACAAGAAGAUGACCCUUUAUCUGUCCUCACUGCCAUUAUUGCCCAGGAGCCAUCAAAGAGUGUCCUGUCAGACCAGUUGGGACAGAAAAUCCUGGAUAAGAUUGGCUCUUCCUGGAGCAAAAAGUUCAGAAAGCAUUAUGGCCCCAUAGGAAAGUUCCUGCAGUCCCACAAUGAUGUUUUCAUAUUGUUGUCUAAUGGUACUCGAGUGGCACUGAAGGCAAACCCGCCAAGCCCUGUGGCUGAAACCCCCAGCCCAGCAGAGGAGACGACUAACUCUGAUCCGUCAACACCUUCAGAGCCAGGAGCUGCUGAACAACAGCCAGAACUAGAACAGAAGCUAGAGCCUGAAAAAAUGCAGGGUAGCCACUGGUUUGACCUUAACGACUCCACGGUGACCUCCAUCAGGGAGUCUGACAUAGAGAAGCAGUUCCAGGGGAAAGAGAGCGCAUACAUGCUGUUCUACAGAAAAACACAGCUGCAGAGGCCCAGUGAAGCUCUGAACAAUCCCCAAUAUAAAAUUCCUCCUAACCUCAUCCAGAUUGCUCAGGAAGAGAACGUCAAAAUGCAGAAAAUGCGCGAGGAGCUUGAGGCCACGAAUAACACUGUGGAGCUGCGUCUCCAUCUGGCACCCUCUUACAGGCUAGAAUAUGGAGCCCUGCAAACAAUGAGCAAAGAGCAGAACGGGAGCACCACUCUGAGUUUUGACCGCAGAAAGACUGUAGGAGAUCUGCGAUUAGCUAUUUAUCAGGAACAGGAACUCUGGGAAGGGGAUAUGGCUCUGACUGUGGCCAGGAGUCUUCCUGCAGGUCUACACCUCUACAAUACUUUAACAGACGACAGUGUCUCCCUGUAUAGUGCAGGCAUUCGUACAAACUCUGACCUGUUUGUGUGGAACGGCAGAGAGGUGUGUGGUGCAACUCUCCUAACUGGAGCCGAGUGGGAACCAGUGCUGCUGAAUGUAGUCCGUCCCAAUUUUGGGGAUGAUGGGGAUCAGGCGGAGGGGGAUGGGCUGGAGUGUGAGGAGGGAAGAGGAAGUUCUGAAAAUGGGGGGCCAGGGCUUAAAAGGGAGGCCAGAGGGUUUGCAGGUGCUUCGACCCUCGGGGAGGUGAGGACGGCACUAGGGGAGCCUAAGGAGAGUCUGCUGUGCCAGGAGCAUAAGGGAGGAAAGAGGGGAGACCAGGGGGCAGGAGAGGGAGGAGGGGCAAGUGGAUGGAGGGUUUUCCCCCCCGAUGAUAUGCAGCGGACGCUCAAGGAGCUAUCGCUGAAAGACGGAGACGCGCUCUUGGUGCUGGAGCCACAGUCCUUCGACAGCAGCAUGUUUGCUCUAAACGGAGACGUUGUCACUGUGACUACACCGUCGGACUGCCGCUGGCUCCAGGUGGAGUUUCGACCACAUGGAGGAGAAGGAGGAGAAGGGGAUAAGGAAGAGGAGAUGAGGAAGAUCAAAGUUCCAGCUACAGGAAAUAUGCUGCUAAGUGAGGUAAAACAGAGGGCCAUAGAGGAGCUGCAGCUAGAGGAGCAACCCCCAGGUGCUCAGUACUGUCUGAGACAUGUGGACUGCACAGGGAAACUCCUUCCUCCAGUGUGUGAGGAGUUGAGUGUUCGGGAUGCAGGGGUGCGACUCAUGACCACACUGACUCUCUGUCCGGGAAAUGCCCCCAAGGCAUCACAGCUUUUCUUACACUUCUCUGUGGGCACAGCGCCCUCUGCUGGCAUGGAGAUGGACAUAAUGGUGGAGAAAACGUGUACUGUCAAAGAGUGUCUAAAGGCAAUGCUGGAUGCUGUUGGACUUGAUGGCACCUGUUGGCACUUAAGAAAGCUUGAUUGGUGUGAGGAGGUUGGAGAGCCAAUAAUGGAUGAGGAUGCUUCUCUGUCAGAGCUGAAGAUAAACAAUGGAGAGACAUUAGUCGUCACAGAAGGACAACUUCCUCCGAAGGGGUUCCUCAAGCUAUCUGUGUGGCUGUGCCUGGACCCCAGAAACCACUCAGCAGUUUCCAUGGAUUGUAAUCACACUGACAACGGACACACGGAGGUUCUGACUGCAGGAGACUCACCUCCUCUGUGUGCCGGCAACAUGGAGGGACUGAGAAGUGCAGGACGGGUGGAGAUUUCAGAUGAAGCUACCCUGGAGGAUCUCAAAACUCAGGUGUUGACACUGCCUGCCCUUCAGGAGGUGUGUGUGCCAACCACUGCAUUCAUGCGUGUGUGGCAGCUUGAGGGACGGAGGCUGGCACGUAUUCUCAGAGGACACCAGCUCACAUUAAAGAAAUUGAAGCUGUCCAGUGGAACAGACCUUUAUGUGCAACAGCUACUAAAGGAAGAAGAUCUUGGUCCUAAAGAUGUGAUGCUGAAUGUUAAAAUGGGAGUCCCAGGGGAGAGGGGUUUCUACCCUCCAGAGGAGCUGGUUUGGGAUGCAACCCGUGACUCUUCUCCUCGCUCUCUACGCACUUGUCUGGCUGCACACUACGGCCUCUCCCCUGACUCUCUGCUGAUGGCCAAACACCAGCCGGACAAACACACCUGGGAGGAAAUCUCAAACUGGAGUCAGCAGGUUUCCAAAAAGAAAAAGAAGAGGAAGGCCGAAUCACUACUGGGAGCACCAUUUCACCUCAAAGAUGGCGACACAAUCGGCAUCAAGAAUCUUUUGAUUGAUAACAACAGGGACUUCCUCACUCUGGAGGAUGAGCAGGGCCAGCAGAGGCUCAGGGAGCAAGCAGAGCAAUGCAGGAAAGGAGGGCAGGUUGCAGGCUCUGACGGUGUUGGGCCACAAAAGAAGACUGGACCGACGAAAUCCAGGAAACCAGAGGUAGCGCUAUCCAUCAACGUUGGGGUGUUCAGAUAGCACUUGGCUCCCAUCAAACCUACCUAUAAAACUUCAUGCAGAUGCCACGAUGCAAUUGGGACAAUCCACUUGACGUCAGUCUUAUGCCCCUUUUUCUUUACUGUAUUUCUCCACAAAUCUUUCAAAACUGACUUUGAUGAGCUGUUUUGUAGCAAUGGACAGUAAUUCACAUUAUUUCUAUACAAUAUAACUGGAUUUCUUGUAAGAUGCCUCAUGUUUGUCUUGCUUCCUCUCUCUGCAAGCUUUCCAAAUUACAACAGCAACUUAUGCCCUUUUAUUUAUUUAAAUUUCAGUUUUAUUAUUCACGAAAUAUUUGAAGAGUUUGACCUCCAGAAAAUGUUAGCUGCAUAGAUCAGUAGCUAAGAGAAGCAGAAAGAACUGUUCUACUCUAAGUGUUUUUUGGGCUAUUACAGGCUGACGGUUCUAUAAACAUGCUUGUGCAAACUGGAGUUUCUUUCUUAUAUACAGUUUUGUAUAAACUAUAGCAAUCAGGGUGAUUGCAUACUUGUUGCCAACCGCUAGAGGCUAGACAGUUUUCAUAUGUUGAUACGUUUUUCAGUACAACAAGCCAUUAAUCGAAGUAAAUUGGUAACCAUUAGUUCUUGUUGUUGCUCAUAAGGUGUUUUAAGUGAUGCUCAUUUUUAUGAUAAUCCUGUCACUGUGCGCCAAGAACAAAAACAUUUAUCCGGAUCAUAGGCUUGUUUUAGGUUGAUAAAAGAGAGGAGAGAUAGGCCUUAAUGUGGAGAAGCCUCGCUGCAGCUCUGUCCUCCCUACCUCACUCUCUACCUCUCUAAUUCUACCUCUGCUGCCCUGUUUGAUUACACACACCCAAGUUCCUGCUGUUAUUCAUAAGGAAAUAUUUUAACCUAAAAAAACCUGCUCUGUUGGUUAACUGCGGAUAUAAAAAGUAUUUCAGAAACUCAAA